AAAGAGAAGAAGUUAACACAAAUGCUUCAACUUGCAAAUAUGUAAUGUUGUCGAAAAAUAGAUAAGUUAUAACACGUCUAAAUCCCCAAAAUACUCUUAGUUAAGCCCAUUAUAUUUUGGCGUUAGGGUAUUCAGCAAUGCUGUCUAUUCUUUAAUGUGUCGUAGUUCUUAAAGGUUAUAUCGAUUUGUAUUAAUUACAUCACUACUACUUAAUAUGUUUUGGUCUGAGAUAUUUUUUUUAUUCACCUACACUACAUUUGUCGUCUGUGAAGUGUGAAAAAAAAAUAGUUUUUGGCAGAAAAAAAAUACUAUAAGUUUGCAAAAACAAAUUCAAGAAUCCUGCCAGAAACCUAUUGCAGAAAUAAGCUUAAUGCAAUUAAAAUUUAAAUACACAAAAUAGUAUUCAGUUAUUGAAUAAAAUAAUACAUUACACAAGACCGUAUAUACAUAUAACCAGUUUGGAAACCAUUCAAUUAGAAAUUAGAACAAUGACCAGUUCUAAUGAAGAACUUCUAGAAAUGCUCGCUGAUAAAAUAAAAAAUGGCGAAUCGCUCAUAGAUCAGCUAAUAGACCGACAGGACUUGGAUGGAGUAUUGAAACUUCAAAGGAAAAUUCGCCAAGAAACAGACUUUUUAAAAAGAAUACAAAAAUCAGGCAAGGUGAAAAUAGAACAAUUAUCAUGUUCAAACUUGCGCCACUUAGGAGCGAUUGUUGAUUGUGCUGUUAGGCCUGGAGUGCUGUCUGUAUGCAAAGUGUUUCAUAUCAAUGAUGAUAGUAAAAUGGUGGUAGAUAUUGUCAGUGAUGAAGGAAAGACAUGGAUUAAAGUUAUUGCCAGAAAUCCUAAAUCGCUGUCAGCUUUAAGCUCAGGAAAGGCAUCAUAUGGUGCACGGUCCAUACUAGACCAAGCAGAUGAUUACAUGGAGUGUGCGCGGCUUUACCCAUGUAUGUAUCAGUCACCAAAGGUUGUAUUUGAAUUUGUAAGUGGGAUUGAAGAGUCUUUGGCUAAUAAGCUAAAAUCAAAAGGAGUGUUUGUAAAAGGAGAGGUGUUACCAGACUCUAGAUCAAAUGUAGAGUUUGAUGACUCAUAUGAGUCUAGUAGUGAUGAGGAGAUUUUUGAAAACAAUGGACAGAUUACAUUGCAAAGUUGGGAUAAAUGUUUAGAAGAGCACUCUGAUAUAAAUGUUUUGAAUUUAGAUGUGACAGCCAUGAUGGCUUACGUGAGCAAUAUGACCAAUGGCCAUUGCAAUUAUGUGUUCAAACAAAAAGUGCUCACAGAGCAGGCUGCCUGGGAGGCUGAGAGACCUGUGAAGCCUAUAUUAGAAAAAUUAUUUGAAGGUAAAACUUUGAUAUGCUGCAGAACAGGUUGGGAUGAUUUCGAGAAGAUAGUCAAUACAUUAGGCGGCCCAAUGGAGAAACAACGUACAGCUGAAUUGAAGGAUCGCGUCAUUGUCUAUGAUGAUGACUAUGGAGGGCAAGACGACUAUCCAAGGCAAAGUUUAAAAGUUAGAGGCCAUGUCCGGUUAAGAUCAAAGAUAGUUUUUAAUUUCGGACAUAGAAUUAAAGCGCUCACUGUUUCCGCUAAUGAUGGUUUCGUGCGUGCCGCGGCGCAACAGGGAGUUAAUUAUGCAACAUUUAUACACGAGUCACGCGCAUUGACAGAAGGGAAAGAAGCCACUGCUACUGAGAUAGUUUUAUGAUAUUUUAUAUGUAAAUAUGUAGUAUAAACUAGUAAUAUUAUUAAAUUAUGCUUGAAUUAUGAUCUUAAAGAGCUGUGAUAGUAACAUUAACGUCCAUAACAAUGAUGUUAUUAAAAUAAUUCUCUAUCUCUCUCUUUGAAUAUACAGAAUGUCCCGUAAUUAAUGGAUAAAACGCAAAUUGUACGAGUAGAUACACCACCUAAUUAUCUAAAUCUAAUUUAAUACCAAGUCAAUACAAAUGACUGCAUUAGAAAACGUAAGCAAAAAGGCAGAUAUUAUAUAUUUUAAAGAAAAAAGUUGAUUUGCACCAUUAAAUUAUUUUUCUUGUAAUGAAAAUUCAGCAGCUCCAAAUACAUUUUUACUAGCAACUUUGUAAGUUGUAACUACGAGUACAAAGAGUAGCCACAAGUUUUACAUCUAUUUAUAAACCUCGAUCAGUAUACAAGUUUUGAAAUAAUUAUGGUACACUUCAGUCCCAUUUUUUUUCACAACAUUUUUCUUUAAUCUGAUUAUCUUAAUGAUAGAAAAAUAAUUAUUGCAUUCGAAGCUUUUUCUCCAAAACAAAUAAAACAUUAUUUAAAAAAAUAGUAUUACAGUACAUUGGUAAUUCAUUAAAAAAUAUAACUUGGUCACCCUAGGGAAUUUUUCAAAACUAUUCAAAUUAGUUUUAGAUAAUCAGGUGGUGUAGGUGUUCAUAACUACCAUUUGCGUUUCAUCCAUUAAUUACAGGACAUCCUGUAUAAUCAUAAAUUACAAUAUUGAUAUUUUAGCUCUGAUAUAUUAUCUAUACCGGUUACUCUCCGAGAUCCGAUUUUGAAAUUUUUUUAGCAAUAGGUAUUAUAUCCCCGUAUUCACACGGGAACGGGGACUAUGUGGGAGAAACCUCGGGGCGUCUGCUAGUAUUAAGAUAUGGAGGUAAAUGAUAGUUAUCUUCACAGAACAAAUUAUUAAACAACACGAAAUAACUAUUUAUGUAAGUAAUACACAAUAAAUCUUUAAAUAAAGUAAA